CGCAUGCUCAUUGGUAACAUGAGCGGCGACAAGGAAUCGGGAGCAAUAAAAGGUGAAGAGAACGCCAAACAAGUUAAUAUAUGAUCCUUGGUGGAGUACAUAUUGUUGACUGUAUUAAUGCGUUUUUUAGUUGUUGUUGCGUGCUGAACAAACGGGGGGACUCGUUCAAAAUAUUCCAAGGAAGAAAAAAAAACAUUCUCGGUCUGGUUACACAUCUUUAUUUAUACCCUGUCGCACGUGUUUGAAUUUUUUGGUUGGUUUGUUUUUGUCCAGUGACAGCAACGUUGUACGUUCGUCGGCGACAUUGUCUUUAAUGAUAAUGCUAACGCCGUGUGAGGAUUCUCCCAUUGGUCAUUAAAAUGGGAAUGCACUCGUUCAGUGAAGUUUUCGAGGCGCUGUGUGUGUGCUUGCGUCGGUGAUUCACCAGCCCGCUGAGCCUGCCUGGAAAGGAUACACGGACACGGCAUGGAGUCUGUUGGGAAGUUUGAGUUCAACAGGAAAGACCUGAUUGGUCACGGCGCCUUUGCGGUUGUGUUCAAAGGACGACACAAGGAGAAACAUGAUUGGGAAGUGGCUGUCAAGUGCAUCAACAAGAAAAACUUGGCCAAAUCCCAUUCUCUACUUGGAAAAGAAAUACAAAUUUUAAAGGAACUCAAGCAUGAAAAUAUAGUCAGACUAUUAGACUACCAGGAAAUAGAUGGAUCUGUGUAUCUCAUCAUGGAGUAUUGCAAUGGAGGUGACCUGGCUGAAUACCUUCAAUCUAAGGGGACAUUAAGCGAGGACACAAUCAGAGUUUUCUUCCAGCAGAUUGCUCAGGCCAUGAAGACUCUACAGAGCAAAGGCAUCCUUCACCGAGACCUGAAACCUCAGAACAUCUUGCUCUGCCAUCCAAAGGGCAGGAGGUCCACUUCUAUCAACACUCAUGUUAAGUUAGCUGACUUUGGCUUUGCGCGUCAUCUUCAGACAAACACCAUGGCAGCAACUCUAUGUGGCUCUCCCAUGUACAUGGCCCCCGAGGUUAUCAUGUCCCACAGUUAUGAUGCCAAAGCUGAUUUGUGGAGCAUAGGCACCAUUAUCUACCAGUGUCUGACUGGAAAGGCACCAUUUCAUGCGAACUCACCACAGGAGCUCCGCCUCUUCUAUGAAUUCAACAGGACCCUUGUACCAAGCAUCCCCAAGGAGACAUCAAGUAAUCUCAGACAGCUACUGUUGGGACUUCUUCAAAGAAACCACAAGGAUAGGAUCAGCUUUGAUGAGUUUUUCUAUCAUCCUUUCUUGGAGACAAGCUCUGCCUCUCGGCAAUGCUCUCCAACUCCGAUCUGCUUCUAUCCCAGUUCUCCCUCAGGGAGCUCUUCUAGCAGCUCCUCCACGUCCCAUCCAGCCUCUCCCCUACUUUGCAAUGGAGAGAAGCAUCGCCGUCAGACCAAAUUGAAAAGCUCUCCUGUGUCAGGCACUGAUGUCUUCCAGUUGAAAGAAAUAACCAGUCAAGAAAGCAGGAACAGUUCAUCUGUUCCAGAAGAUUAUGUUAUGGUGCAUCACGAGUCUCCCAGUGAGUACACAUGGGAGGAAGACGGUGGAUCACCUGUUGAAAGUUGUCUGAUAUACACUGGAAGCCCACUGAUGACAGACCGAGUUCUUGAAACAAUUUGCAGGACACCGCCAUCUUCUCCCUUGCUGCAUUGUCACUCCAAGCCUCCAUGGAAGCCUGUGCUAUGUGUCCGCAGCCAUUCAGAGCCUAUUCCUGUCCCAACUCAGAUCCACAACUACCAGCGAAUGGAGCAGAAUCUGCAACCUUCCGGCUCACAAGGUUCUACCAGGAUCCGCCUCUGUUGUGCUGGCUCUACUGAAAGUUCCUCACUGUGCGGAGGAUCUGGACCACAUGAUUCCUGCCCCGCCAUCUACUCCCCAAGUCCGACUACAAAAAGUGCCCAGGCACCUCAGUCCUCGCCACCUGUGGGAAUUACCCCAAGGACGUCAGAGCAUACUCUACCUCUUAGUACAAGAACUGAGUGUCCCAUAGAGUCUCCUAACAAGAGGGACAGCCCCAGCCACAAGCAGGACACUUGCAGGACAGACGUGUGUAGCCCCAGCCUUCCGCCUGCUUUCCACACCAACUAUGGCAGUAGACCCCUCAACAAAAAGGACCGAUUUAAAAGAUCACGGAACAUUGUCAGACUGUCUGACAUUUUGCUUAAAGCUGCAUUUGGUGCUCAAAUUCUUGAACCGAGAAGUAAUGAAAGCCUCUGCUGUGAAAAGACCAUGGAUACUACAGCUCCACCUACUGGCUGCCAUACCGCGCUUGCUUCAACGGGUAGCUCACCAACUGCAGUAUUCUCCUUUGGUUCUCCAGCUAUUGGAAACACUCCUCCUGAUACUAUGUUCCCAAGGAUGCAGACAGACUCGCCCAACUGCAUUGGCACAGCCUGGUUACUCAACGGUCCCCUUCGUUAUCAAAGAAGCUGUCCAAGCAGUGAGUCUGAAGCCAUGGAUGUUACUCCACACUGCAAUUUGGUUUUCCAUUCUCCUGAGCUACCCGAAGAUACACUAAUGGAGCAGUUCCAUACAGAUGCGUUGAGUGACCUCCAGUUCGUAUUGGCUUUUGUGCACUGUAUCAUGGAAUUGGCUUCUUCAAAGGACCGGGUGCUGGAUCCAAGCAGCAGCCCUGAGGCUUCCUUUAUAGAACACAGUCUGUUGACAGACCAAAUCAGCCUCUUGAGUCGAGACUGGAGCUAUGCAGAACAGUUAUUGUUGUAUAUGAAAGCAGCAGAGUCUCUGUCCACAGCUUUGUGUGAUGCCAAAGAAAAUAUCCAGCAAGGUCGACUGCUUCCUUCAUCUACAGUCAAGCAAGUGAUCAAGAAGCUGAACGAAUUGUACAAGAGCUGUGUUACAUACUGUCGCUCCUUGAGCAAUCGCCUGCAAAAGUUUUUGAUGGACAAGCAAAAGCUUAUGGAUCACUUCACUGGACUCACAGCAGAGAAGCUCAUCUAUUGUCGAACUGUGCACAUGGUACAAUCUGCAGCUUUAGAUGAGGUGUUCCACUGUGGUACCGAAAUAGUCCAACGCUACCAUAAAGCUCUUCUGCUUCUGGAGGGUUUGUCCCAAUUCGUCACAGAGGAAAAGGACAUUGACAGUAUUGAAAGAUGCAAGCAGUGUAUUGAACGACACCUCUCUGCUCUGAAAAUUUAGCAGUGUCGAGGAUUGUAGUACUGCCUUCACAGAAAUGUUGUCAUUCCCCAUUCACCUCAUUGUAUUGAAGAUGAUGGAGCCUCCUGUUGAGUUACAUAAGCACUUUUAUCUUUCUCGAGGGAACGACCACUGACUGGAGUGACAAGCACACGGUCCAGCAUCUGAAAUCUUGACAAAUGCACAGCAGACUGGACUUCCUUAGGUCUGAUCUUGAAGUGAGACGUUGUAACAAUGUUUUGUUUGUUUGUUGCUUAAUGAGACCGAUAUUUUCGCUCAAUAUUCUUGCGUACGUUUUGUUUUUAUGUUUUGCAAUUAGAAAUGUCCAAUUACAGGGCGUACUUGAAACAAAGGCUAUAAUUUUGUGGUGUUUGAUAAACAGGAAUCAAAAAAUGCUGAACGAAAUGACCAACUACUGUAAUUACGUAGCUAUAAUAGUGCCUUUUUCAAGGUGCAUUGACACCUGAUGUCAGAUAUUUAGAACAGUUUUAAUUGGAUAUGUGGAUACUCAUUGUUACUUUGAUGCAAGUGAUGUUAUUUAUUAUGUUUUGGUUUGCUGCAUGGCAUAUUUUUGGAUGUGUACUUUUUCAUUAAUUUCAAAAGCACUUUGCUAAAAGGUUAUUGAACUGAUGUAUGAUUCUUGUGAAAAAUAAAGUGUAUGUGAGUUCUUU